GGCUCCAAUGAAAUAUCGGCAAGGCGAGAAAGACGGGCGCCGGAGCCAAUUGCUGAAGAGCGGGCGUGUCCGGCUCCCCUCCUUCAGUUUAAGUGAGGGCGGAAGAUGGCGGCGGCGGCCGGGAUGGGUCCGGGGGUCCCGGACGGGGAACCCGAGGGUUCAAACCGCGACCGCAGCGCUUUCGAAUGCAACAUCUGCCUGGAGCCUGCCAGAGAAGCUGUCAUUGGGCUCUGCGGUCACCUGUACUGCUGGCCGUGUCUUCACCAGUGGCUAGAAACUCGGCCAGAGCGCCAGGAGUGUCCUGUGUGCAAGGCAGGAAUCAGCCGGGACAAAGUCAUCCCUCUCUAUGGACGUGGAAGCUCCGCCCAGCAGGAUCCUAGGUUGAAGACCCCUCCUCGGCCACGAGGGCAGCGCCCAGAGCCGGAGUCCCGAGGGGGCAUGGGCGCCUUUCCCGACGCGGCCACUGGCUUCCACAUGGCAUUUGGCAUUGGUGCGUUCCCCUUUGGGUUUUUUGCCACUGGCUACAGUACCCCAGGAGAAAGGGCAGACGCAGAAGCUGCCCGCCCAUCCAGCUGGCAGGAUUCGCUCUUCCUCUUCAUUGCCAUCUUCUUUUUCUUUUGGCUGCUUAGUGUCUGACCGGCUGGACUCCGCUGGACUUGCCCUGUACUAAAAAAAA